AUGGUAUUACGACUUCCAAAUAACAGAUUCCCUUUUAAAGUACAAACUGAUGCAUCCGACGAGGGAAUCGGUGCAGUAUUAUUGCAAAUCUAUCCAGAGGGAGAUAGACCUAUUGCUUAUCUAUCGAAGAAAUUUACUCAAGCACAACGCAAAUGGUCUCCUAUGGAACAAGAAUGUUAUGCAUUUAUUUGUGUAUUAGACAAAUGGCAUAAUUAUUUAAGUGGAAUUAAAUUUACAUGGGAAACUGAUCACAAAGCAUUAGCACAAUUAAAUAAAACAGCACAAAUUAAUAAAUGGUGUGAACGAUGGAGAUUAAAAAUUUUAGAAUAUGAUUACAAGGUGAAAUAUAUUCCUGGAUUAACAAAUUAUAUGCCUGAUUAUUUAUCACGAUCUCCAGUUGAUGACGCUGAAGAAGAUCCUGAUGGAAUAUCAUUUUUCACUUCAAAAUCAACACAAACUGAUCCUGACUUUAUUAAUUACCAUUUACCUAUAGUUACUGCUGUUCAAACUCGUGCUAUGAAAUUACGAAAUGAAGUUAUAAAUGAUACAGAAGAUAGCACAAAAUUAAUCUCAGAUUCUCUAAAUACUUCUAUUAAAGAGAAUCGAAUAAUUCCAUUUUCAAUGGAACAAUUAGGUCAAGCUCAACAAAAUGAUAAUUAUGCAAAAAAUAUUCUGAACAACAUCAAGAAUUAUAAAAAUUAUACAGUAAAGGAUAAUAUUUUAAUGCGAAGAUCGAAUCCUCCAGUUCCUUAUGUACCACAAGGUGGUCUACGACGAACAAUCUUACACACAUAUCAUGAUACGGCAGCAAAUGGUGCUCAUUUUGGAAGGAAUAAAACUUUACACAAAAUUAAACAACGUUAUUUUUGGCCAUCGAUGUAUAAGGAUAUUAAUAAUUAUAUUAAAUCAUGUAUUCUAUGUGCUCAAUUCAAUCCUCGUCGACAAAAACCUCCUGGUACAUUAAAACCAAUUAAACCUCCUGAUGGAGUAUGGCAAUUAGUUUCUAUGGAUUUCCAUGGACCGAUUAAUCCAACAUCACAACGUGGAAAUAAAUAUAUUAUAUCGUUUACAGAUGUAUUAUCAAAAUUCGUUGUCACGAAAGCUGUACGUGAUAAUACAGCUCAAACAGUCGUGAGAUUUCUUAAAGAAGAUAUUAUUGCAAAAUUUGGAACACCUCGCUGCAUACUUACCGACAAUGGAACUCAUUUUACAUCAACCGUAACGAAUGAAUUAUUUAAACAAAUUGGUACCACACAUUUAUAUUCAACGCCAUACCAUCCACAAACAAACGGUCAAAUUGAACGCUACAAUUCAACUAUGGAUGCUAAAAUUGCAGCACUAUCGAAUUUACAUAAAACUAAUUGGAAUGAUCAAUUACCCUUCGUUACAUUUAACUACAAUACUUCGAUUCACUCAUCAACCAAGCACAUACCGUUCGAAAUGAUGUACGGUCGAUCGCCCGUUCUACCAUUUGAUCAUCAAGAUAUCAACGUUACACUUUAA